CCGGAAGUGGCCCGGCGGCGGCGCGCCGGGCCCGGGCAGUGCUCGCUCCCCUGGAGCGCUCGGGCCGCGCGUGCCCGGGCCGGUCCGGGGCGUCGCCAUGGCCAGCGAGCUGGACAUCUUCGUGGGGAACACGACCCUCAUCGACGAGGACGUGUAUCGGCUCUGGCUGGACGGUUACUCUGUGACCGACGCCGUGGCCCUGCGAGUGCGCUCGGGCAUCCUGGAGCAGACGGGGGCCACGGCGGCCGUGCUGCAGAGCGACACCAUGGACCACUACCGGACCUUCCACAUGCUGGAACGCCUGCUGCACGCGCCCCCCAAGUUGCUGCACCAGCUCAUCUUCCAGAUCCCGCCCUCCCGCCAGGCGCUGCUCAUUGAGAGGUACUAUGCCUUUGAUGAGGCCUUUGUGCGCGAAGUCCUGGGCAAGAAGUUGUCCAAGGGCACCAAGAAGGACCUAGAUGACAUCAGCACCAAGACAGGCAUCACGCUCAAGAGCUGCCGGAGGCAGUUUGACAACUUCAAGCGUGUCUUCAAGGUGGUGGAGGAGAUGCGGGGCUCUCUAGUCGAUAACAUCCAGCAGCAUUUCCUCCUCUCUGACCGGCUGGCCAGAGACUACGCAGCGAUAGUUUUCUUUGCCAACAACCGCUUUGAGACUGGAAAGAAAAAACUACAGUAUCUGAGCUUUGGUGACUUUGCCUUCUGUGCCGAGCUCAUGAUCCAGAACUGGACCCUCGGGGCCGUCGACUCCCAGGCGGAUGACAUGGACAUGGACUUGGACAAGGAGUUUCUCCAGGAGCUGAAGGAACUCAAGGUGCUUGUGGCUGACAAGGACCUUCUAGACCUGCAUAAGAGCCUGGUGUGCACCACCCUGCGGGGAAAGCUCGGUGUCUUCUCGGAGAUGGAAGCCAACUUCAAGAACCUGUCCCGGGGUCUGGUGAACGUAGCUGCCAAACUGACCCACAAUAAGGACGUCAGGGACUUGUUCGUGGACCUGGUGGAGAAGUUCGUGGAACCCUGCCGUUCUGACCACUGGCCCCUGAAUGACGUGCGACUGUUCCUGCAUCAGUAUUCCGCGUCGGCCCACUCCCUGGAUGGCUUCCGACACCAGGCGCUCUGGGACCGCUACAUGGGCACCCUGCGGGGUUGCCUGCUGCGUCUCUACCACGACUGAGGCCGCCGCCAAUAAAGCUUCCAUGAAGGA